AUGGGAAGACCGUUUCACACAACAAUCAAAAUUGGGGAAAUGGUCAAAAGUGGUCUCAAAGAAGGAAGGAUCGUGAUCGAGGCAACAAUCAAAGCUACCACACAGGACAUUCAAGGUGGUUCAACAAGUUUUGGAAAUCGUAAAAGGAAAGAAGAAGUUAUUUCACUGGCAUCAAGGUCAAGUGGAUCUCAGAGAAAGUCUAAUUGUCCUUACACAUCAUCAUAUGUGCAUCCUCCCAAUCGCCCACAUUUUCGGGGCCCAUCUCAAGGAAACUUUCUCCCACAACGGCCACCCUAUAAGGUCCCUUACAACUCUCCUCUUAUGCCGAAUUAUGCUCAAGAUCAAGCACAAAAAAAGAAAUUCACUCCAGUGGAAGAGUCGUACUCCAGCUUGUUUCAAAAGUUAAGAAAUAUAGGAGCGAUUGAGUGUAUCCCACCACAUCGUCUGAAUCCAAAUGCUCCAGGUUUCCAAGCUAAUGAAAGAUAUGAAUACCAUUCAGGAGCGCCAGGAAACAACACUGAUAAUUGUUGGACCUUGAAGGGAGCAAUAGAGAAGCUGAUCGAGCAUGGAGUUGUUGUUGUGACAGAUGAUCAAAACACUCCCAAUGUGACCAAUAACCCACUUCCAGCUGAAAACAACUUAGUGGGUAUGGUUUGUGAUGAUCAAGAGUACAAACUCUUCAGCAAAAUAGGUAAGUUGUUUAGGAAGAUUGGAGAAGAAGACAAGUCAAUGAAGAGUUUAAAACCAGUUCCAUCUCUGAGUGUGGAAGGUGUCAAUCUUGACACCAAAGUCUUGUGCAUCCCGGGGGUUUCAAAGGGGAUUGAAGUUCGAGAAGAUAUGCCAAAGUUGUAUGUAUCAAAAGGCUUUUCAUUAACACAACAUGACCAAAGUGGCUUGACCAAGUUGAAAGAGCCUAUUUUUGUUAAGCCCGUCCAACAGCUUCCAGUAAUUGAUUCAAAGGUUGUCCCUUGGAACUAUAACAAAACCGCAGUGGUUUAUCGAGGAAAUGAGAUUGUCGAAGAAGUUGAUGAAGCGGGGGGUUUGACACGCUCAGGAAGAUGUUAUUCUCUAGAAGAAUUAAGAAAAGGGAAGAUGACUGAAAAUAUUCAAGUACCACUAAAGAAAGCAGUUACUGAAGAAGAAAAUGUAGGAUUUCUUAAAAAACUUAAGGUUCCAGAUUACUCUGUCGUGGAUCAAUUGAAGAAGACGCCUGCACAUAUUUCACUGUUGUCUCUACUUUUGCACUCAGAAGAACAUUGUCUUGUGUUGAAUAAGGUUUUGAAUGAAGCACAUGUGCCAAAAGAGACCAUAGUAAAUCAGUUGGAGAAACUUUCACUAAUGAGAGUUGCCCAAGGAGGGAGCUGGACACAACAAAGCUUUGCAUCUUAUAGUGACAUGUGA